UGAUCACAUGGUGCUGGUGGAAGCUCGGGGAAGAGAAGUUGAGUCUCGGCGAACACAGGCAGCUCAGUACCGAGCCGCAGCGGCCGCAGCCGGAGCCGAGCCGGGGCGGGCGGACAGGCGGCCGGCCGGGGGAGUGAGCGAGCCGCUCCCCCCCCCCCCACCCCAAACUCUCCCUCCUCCCCGCAGGGUGCCCGGCGGGCCGGGGCUCUCCCUGGACCAUGCCGAUCCUCCUUUUCCUCAUAGACACGUCCGCCUCUAUGAACCAGCGGGCGUAUCUGGGCACCAGCUACCUGGACAUCGCCAAGGGCGCCGUGGAGAUCUUCAUGAAGCUGCGGGCCCGGGACCCGGCCAGCCGCGGCGACAGGUACAUGCUGGUUACCUUCGACGAGCCGCCCUACUGCAUCAAGGCUGGAUGGAAGGAAAACCAUGCAACGUUUAUGAAUGAACUGAAAAAUCUUCAGGCUUCAGGACUAACAACCCUUGGUCAGGCACUCAGGUCAUCGUUUGACUUGUUAAAUCUCAAUAGAUUAGUGUCUGGGAUAGACAACUAUGGACAGGGAAGGAAUCCAUUCUUUUUGGAGCCAUCUAUUUUGAUUACCAUCACAGACGGAAACAAACUGACAAAUACUGCUGGAGUUCAAGAGGAGCUUCAUCUUCCUCUGAAUUCUCCUUUGCCUGGAAGUGAACUAACCAAAGAACCAUUUCGUUGGGAUCAAAGGCUGUUUGCUCUAGUCCUGCGUUUGCCAGGAGCUGCAUCUGCUGAACCAGAGCAACUUGGGAGUGUGCCUACUGAUGAAUCUGCUAUCACACAGAUGUGUGAAGUUACAGGAGGUCGUUCUUACUGUGUUCGGACACAAAGAAUGUUGAAUCAAUGUUUAGAAUCUCUGGUUCAGAAAGUCCAAAGUGGAGUCGUUAUUAACUUUGAAAAGUCAGGACCAGAUCCAGCUCCUAUUGGAGAAGAUGGACUUGUUGAUUCAUCCAGGCCCAUCAAUUCAUUUGCUUCCCAACCGUGGCAUAGUUGUCAUAAGCUCAUUUACGUACGGCCUAACCCUAAAACGGGUGUUCCUGUUGGGCAUUGGCCAAUCCCAGAAUCCUUUUGGCCUGAUCAGAAUUCACCAACACUGCCUCCACGCACAGCUCACCCUGUUGUGAGGUUCUCUUGUGUUGAUUGUGAGCCGAUGGUAAUAGACAAGCUUCCUUUUGACAAGUAUGAACUUGAGCCUUCACCCUUAACACAGUACAUCUUGGAAAGAAAGUCUCCCCAUACCUGCUGGCAGGUAUUUGUGAGUAGCAGUGGAAAAUACAGCGAGCUUGGCCAUCCGUUUGGGUAUUUAAAAGCAAGCACUACUUUAACCUGUGUAAACCUCUUUGUGAUGCCUUACAACUAUCCUGUUUUACUCCCGUUGUUAGAUGACUUGUUUAAGGUUCACAAACUUAAGCCAAAUCUGAAGUGGCGACAGGCUUUUGACAACUACUUAAAAACAAUGCCUCCCUACUACUUACUGCCGUUAAAGAAAGCCCUAAGGAUGAUGGGAGCUCCAAAUCUGAUAUCAGAUAAUUUAGAUUGUGGACUUAGUUACAGUGUUAUCUCUUACCUUAAAAAACUCAGCCAACAGACAAAAAUAGAGUCGGAACGGAUAAUAGGUUCAGUGGGUAAGAAAGUUCCCCAAGAAAUUGGAAUAAAAGUGAAAAACCACUCCAGUGGCCUCUCCAUGGUACACAGUAGGGAUUUUAAGCAGCUGCUGCAAGGGAUCACUGGGGAAUCUCCACUGAGACUGGCGGAAAUGAAUGUUAAAGAAUUUCCUGGCUUCCACAUAGGACUUCUAAACAAGGAUUUGAAGCCACAGGCAUUUAGAAAUGCAUAUGAUAUUCCUCGUCGCAGUCUUCUAGACCAACUAACUAGAAUGAGAACCAAUCUUCUGAAAACACACAGGCUUAUCUCGGGGCAGGAUGAAGACUGCCUUCAUAGUGUUCCUGUUGCUCAAAUGGGAAAUUACCAGGAAUACCUGAAAAUGAUGCCUUCACCCCUACGGGAGAUUGACCCAGAUCAACCAAAAAGACUUCAUACAUUUGGCAAUCCAUUUAAACAGGAUAAGAAGGGUAUGAUGAUAGAUGAAGCUGAUGAGUUUGUCGCUGGGCCUCAGAAUAAGAUCAAGCGUCCCGGAGAGCCCAACACGCCGGCGUCGCUGAAGCGGAGGCGCAGCAUGUCACCGCUGCUGAGGCGCCCGCAGUCACCCCCCGUCGUCACCAACCAUGUGGGUGGCAAAGGGCCACCCUCUGCUGCUGGAGCCCCAUCCUAUCUGAACCUCAAAGGCAUCUCAGCAAAUAAAGAUACCAAUAACAGUAUUGUCCAAGAUGGCAAUGGAGAGAAGAAAGCAGAAAAUUGUCAGUCACUGGAAAAGCAAAUUGAUGGCUUACCUGUGCAGAUGCCUCCUUCGGUUCCAGCUGCUUUGGGAGAGGAUGAAAUGUUACCCAAUGACUUAGACUCUCUACCUGUUGAAUUCAAUUGUUUAAGCGAAGAUGGGUUGGAUCAUAAACCUGGUACCAACGCUCUUGUUCGAGGGCCUUUAAAUUACAGUGUGUCUGGAGAUGACCAAAAACGGGUGAUGGAGUCUGCUUCUGAAUCUGUGCCAAACUCAUUUAAAAUAACACCCACUAUGCUGGAGGGAAACAAUGCUGAUAUCAAAAUCAAAGUGAUGAAAGAGGUUCGCAAACCUGGAAGAAAUUAUGAAAAAAUUUUCUCUCUUCUUGAGGAGGUGCAAGGACCUGUGGAAAUUCAGAAGUAUUUCAUUGAAUUUGCUAUCAAGGAAGCAGCAAGGUUUAAAAAACGGGUCCUAAUACAACACUUAGAGAGAAUACUAGAGGAAGUAGAGUUCACCAGCCUACCCAACAGAGUUAAUCAUGUCAACAGCAGAUAAUAAUAUACCAGCCAGACCAAUAUGGACCAGGAAUGAGUUUGCUGUGCCGCAGAAGAGUGGAAGAGGAUGUGGCUGCUGCUCUCACCAUCUUGGCAGUCAAGUGAUUUUACUGUCACAGUCUGAGAAGAAGCAGUGGAGCUUUAACUUUAAGAACCUGUAUCGGCAGAAGCUGGGCUAUAACCUUAAGGAUUUGCUCUGAAAGGUGUGGCUUUUUUCCUGUGGAGGGUGCUAUUUGCUCAACAGGCUGAAGAAAAUAACCAUUGCUGCCCCUCCUGCAGGUGAUGAGAAUUUACUCAGUUGAACGCUGUCAUUAGACACUUACGUGCUAUAGGCAGCAGGUUGCACUAAAAUGGGGCACUGUCAAAUGCACACACUGUCUGCAUCGUGGAGAGAGCCCGUGUGUUCCCAAAAAAAAACCCUCCCAGAAACACCUGCACUGGUAAUAUUGCAUGUUGCCACCACAGAGACAAGGGUCUUGUUCCCGAGAACUGCUAGCCAUGCCUUUAAACUUGAGAUUCAGUGUAGAUUGAGAGUAAAGAAACUGCUAUUGUGUUAAUGAAAGCUAAAGACAGCCCUGUGACUGUUACCACCCGAUGGUCACUAAACAAUCUACCUCAGACUCUCUUCUGUUUUGUCUGCAGACAUUAUGAAAGUGCACCUGAGGCUUCCCAGGUCCCCGACUUCAGUUCUCUUUCAUCCUGUGAGGAGGACGGAGACUCUUCAGGUGGCCUUGGCACACGCUGUGCUUUGGAAGCACUAAAAGGAAACGCUUUUAAAAACGUGUAUUUUAAUGUUCAUACAAAAGAGAUUAUUUUGAACAGUAUUGUUACCAGAUCACUAAUUUGAUAUUUUAACUGUAUAAAAUUUUUUUGAACAUAUGUAUAUAUAAA